UUAAACUUCAAAAUGGUUGACGUAUGUUUGGGAAAGAAAUAUAAACUAGAAUCUAGUGAAAAUUUUGAUGAAUUUAUGAAAGCACUUGGCGUAGGAUUUCUCACCCGUAUAGCUGGAGCUGCCGUAACUCCAAUAGUGGAUCUUAAAAAGGAAAACGAGUACUACAUCUUGUCUUCAAUUUCCACAUUUAAACAUUUUAUUCUUAAGUUUAAGCCUGGCGUUCAAUUUGAUGAGGAGACACCAGACGGCCGACAAGUCAAAGCAACUAUCUCUAUUGUUGGAAACACUCUUCACGAGGUUCAAAUAGAUGCCAAUGGCUUAGAGACUAUCAUAGACAGGACGUUUACACCCGAUGAAGUAAAAAUGGUUAUGAAUGUAGAUGACGUUUCCGCUACCAGGCUCUACAAAGUUACAACUGAAUAGAAUUGUUCUUAAGUUAUAUAAUUUAUAAUUUCAAGUACUGUUGUCUGCUAUACUGGAUGCUACUGUGACCCAAAAUCCAGUAUAAGGAAAUAAAGAAAGAAAUUAAUUGUGAUGAAGUCUGAUGUUUUUGUUAGCACGACACAGU